AUGUCGAAAAAGUACUACGAAAAGUUACUCUGCGAUAUCCAAAAUCAGUCUAAACCAGUCGAGUCAAAAUAUGGUUCUUACAUAAUGCAGAAAUUUGGAUGGGUCAAGGGCAAAGGUCUAGGGAAACAAGAAAAUGGCAACUUGAACAUUAUGAAAAUUAAAAAGUACGGAGAGCAUGGGCUAGGAUAUGAAGAACACCAAGAAGAAGAGGACAAAAAAGGUAUGUGGUGGGAAAACAUGUACAACAACUGUGCCAAGAAAAUAAGUCAAGGAAAGAGUAAUAUGGCCUUGAUGAAUGAACCAAAGGAAGAAAAAAAAAAGAGUGAGAAUGUUAAGUAUUCCAUUUUUGUGAAAAAAAGUAAAUCUAUAACCUUAAAUUUAGGAAAUGAUAAUUGCGCUCCGUCAAAAUUGGAGGAUAAUGCAUCCCCUUCCGUUAACAAUUUUGAAAAAAUGAAUAUCAAAAUUGAUGAGAAGAAGGCAAAUGGGUUAUCUACAAAUAUGCAUAAUAUCAGUGAAGUACACGUUCAGGUGAAAUCGAGCAUAGUAGAGGGGGGGUAUGUUAAGAGGAAGAAUGGUACAGGGAAUUUAUUAAUCAAUAAAGUAGCGAAUAAAUCAAAAAAGAAGAAGAAAUGGAAGCGUAAUAUGUGGAGAGAUCGUGUGGUGCAUGCAAAGGAAGCAGUAUCAAGCGAAGGGAGAAAAUAA